AUGGAACUGCCACCUCUUGUGCAAUUACAGCCUGAGGUAGAUAUUAUUGAGGAGCAACAAGAAGCUGAGGUGGAGAAACAAGAAGCUGAGGUGGAGCAACAAGAAGCUGAGGAGGAACAAGUAGCUCAGGAACAAGUAGUUAAUGAGGGUCUUGUAAAGGGGGGUGAGCCUAGCAGGGUGCAGGAUGGUGAGAGGGAUCAAACUUUUGACAAUGUAUGUAUCAAUGUUAGUAUACUGACUGAUGAUGAGGAGGACGAAGAGCUACAACAUGCUACAAAGAAUGUUAGAAAAUCUAAGAGAAAAUUGAUUUUCCAUGAUGAUAACAGAUGUGAUAGGAACCUGGGUAUUGAGGAACAUGAGGCUAGAGUAGAGGUUGGUGAACAUGAUGGGGAGGAUGGAGGAGAGGAUGAAGGAGAGGAUGGAGGAGAUGAUGGAGUAGACUCUGGGCCAGACCAUCCAAUUGUAGAAGAGGAUAUAAUAGAUUUUGAGGGUAGUGGUGAUGAUAGCAGCGAUAAAAGUUAUGUUGGAGAAGAUGAGUUGCUGUUGAAAACAAAUUCCAUUUUGGAGAUUUUUGCCAACAGCUGA